AUUAUAAGAAAAACUGUCACGAUGGGACAGAAUAUGAGCGAUUCUCUCGGAUUCGUUCAACUGACACUAUCUUGCUCGUCCUUCUAUGAUACUGCUUGUGCUGUUGCUGACUUGAACCUCCUCAACUCGGAGAUUGGUCGUCUAGGCCUGGCCAUUUCGAUAAUCACUGGAUUGAGCAAUUGGUUUUUUGAUUUUUCACACACCUUAUAUUUAGAAGCCACUCAUUUGAAGCAAAGGACGUUGUUAUUGUCGUGGAUAAGUAAAAUUUUCAUUAUAACUGCCAUUUUAUUCAUUUUACGGCCAGUGAUGUCGUGGAUGAAUAGAAGUACUCCAGAAGGAAGAACUUUGAAGGAAGGUCAUGUUUCUUUCAUCCUUCUUAGCGUUAUGGAAUUUCAUUUUUUAGUCAGUUCAUUGGCAUAGAUCCUUCUCUUGGACCACUUAUGAUUGGGCUAACGGUACCUGUUGGGUCACCUAUAGCAGAAGCUGUUCAGAAAAAGCUCGAGUGCUUCGACACCUUUGUGCUCUUGCCGCCAUCUUACAUAAUAGCAGGUUAUCGCGUACAGCCAUUCAAAGUCAUUUGGGAAAGUUUUGUAGUUGUGGAGAUAAUGAUGUUGCUUGCUUACUCUGCAAAGAUUAUUGUAGUAAUAUCGGCUUCCCUCUACUUUCGGAUGCCUAUAGAGGAUUCCUUGUGUCUCGCUCUCCUUUUAAACUGCGACGGGAUAUUCUACAUGUUGUAUUUAAUGGCCAUGGUUGAAGCAGAGUUGAUGAGUCAACAAACUUACACAAUAAUGAUCUUCACAAAUCUAUUGAUAACAAUGGUAACUACGCCGAUAGUGAAACAUCUAUAUCAUCCUUCGAGGAGGUACGCGGGCUACAAGAGACAAACCAUCCUAAAUUCUGCUGUCAACAGUGAGCUGCGCAUACUGGCUUGUGUUUACAAUCAAGAAAACGUCCCCAGCAUCCUCAAUUUCCUUGAAGCCACUAAUCCAAUUACCAAAGAAAGCUUUGUAUGUAUAUAUGUUUUGCACCUCGUUGAGCUAGUUGGUCGUGCAACUUCCCUCCUCAUUGAACACAGAGAACAAAAGAAAAAACAAUUUACACGAGCCAACAGCCGUAAUUCUUCAGAUAAAAUUAUAAAUGCCUUCCACCAGUUCGAACAACAGAAUGAAGGAUACACAAUAGGGCAAUGUUUCACUGCAAUAUCACCGUUCUCAAGUAUGGAUAACGACGUAUCUCAGAUAGCAAUGAAAAAGAGGACGAAUCUGGUGACCAUACCUUUCAGUGAGUUAGACGAACAUCUUUAUCGGACGGUCAACCGAAAUAUUUUACAAAAACCACCUUGCUCAGUUGGGAUACUCUUUGACCACAAAAAUAGUUCUGGAGCUGCUAUUGAUGUUUCCAUGAGUUUGCAUAAUAUUGCCAUGAUUUAUAUCGGAGGUGCUGAUGAUCGAGAGGCACUAGCAUAUAGUAUGAGAAUGGCAGAUAAGCCCAAUUUACAACUCUCUGUUUUUCGAUUCACGCAUAUAAAGCCAAACCAAAAUGCAAAAAAAAAAGAUGAUGAAUUGAUAGGUUAUUUAUGGGACAAAAUUAUGAACACCGAAAACAUUGUUUACAAGGAAGAAGAUGUAACAGAUUGUGCAGAUACAGCAAGUAGAAUCAAAUGCCUGGAAGACUCUUACGACUUCAUAAUUGUUGGGAGACGACAUGAUAGUAGCUCACCAAUUUUGCAUGGACUUGAUGAAUGGUGUGUUUUCAAAGAACUUGGUGUGAUUGGAGAUCUUUUCCGUUUUGGUAAUGCAACAGUAGGCGUUUGUAGAAAAAUUAUUUGUCGAUAUACAAGUACCAACUGAGGAUGAGGAGGAUGUUUAGUAUAGUCAUCUGCACUUUUGAUUAUGACGUAUGUUGAUGUAAAUGGUUCUA